ACAACACCCCCCUCCUCCCCCGGAAACCCAGGGAGUUAGCCUGCUAGCCAGUUAGCUAGCCCCGAGCCCGUGAUGGAAGUGAAGCAGAAGAGGCCGAACCAGUGCCGCCAGUACGAUGUGUAGCCUGCUGGUCCGACGGGGAAUCAAGUAGCCAGCCGCGGUCCCACCAUGAAUCUCAGGGGGCUGUUUCAGGACUUCAACCCCAGUAAGUUCCUGAUCUAUUCCUGUCUGCUGCUGUUCUCCGUGUUGCUGUCCCUGCGGCUGGAUGGAGUCAUCCAGUGGAGCUACUGGGCCGUGUUCACCCCCAUAUGGCUGUGGAAGCUGCUGGUCAUCUUCGGGGCCUCAGUGGGCACAGGCGUCUGGGCCCACAACCCCCAGUACAGAGCCGAAGGGGAGACGUGUGUGGAGUUUAAGGCCAUGCUGAUCGCGGUGGGGCUCCACGUCCUGCUGCUCAUGUUCGAGGUGUUGGUGUGCGACCGCUUGGCCCGAGGACUUUACUUCUGGCUCAUUGUCUUCAUGCCGCUCUUCCUCGUGUCGCCCGUGUCUGUAGCAGCCUGCGUCUGGGGCUUCAGACACGACCGCUCCCUCGAGCUGGAGGUGUUGUGUUCAGUGAAUAUUCUCCAGUUCAUCUUCAUCGCUCUGAAGCUGGACGACAUCAUCAAGUGGCCGUGGCUGGUGGUGUGCGUCCCGCUGUGGAUCCUGAUGUCCUUCCUGUGCCUUGUCGUCCUCUACUACAUCAUCUGGUCGGUCCUCUUCCUCCGCUCCAUCGACAUCAUCGCCGAGCAGCGGCGAACGCACAUCACCAUGGCCAUCAGCUGGAUGACCAUUGUCGUGCCGCUCCUCACCUUUGAGAUCCUCCUGGUGCACAAGCUGGACGACAAGCAAAACAAAAUGAGCUUCGUGUGUGUGUUCGUGCCUCUGUGGCUCUCGCUGCUCACGCUCAUGGCCACCACCUUCGGCCAGAAGGGAGGGAACCACUGGUGGUUUGGCAUCCGCAAGGACUUCUGCCACUUCCUGUUGGAGCUCCUCCCCUUCCUGCGGGAGUACGGCAACGUGUCCUUUGACCUCCAGCGCAGUGACGACCCAGAGGCGGCAGAGGACCUGCCUGUCCCCGAGCCGCCUCCCAAGAUUGCCCCCAUGUUCCACAAGAAGACCGGCGUGGUGAUCACGCAGAGCCCCGGGAAAUACUUUGUCCCGCCUCCUAAACUCUGCAUCGACAUGCCCGACUAACCAGCGGCGGCUGGACUCCAUGUGUUUAACUCAUGAAGCCAGAACAGCCGAGGACAACGCAUUUAGUUUUAUCCACAGUCCUGAAGUAUUCUGUCUCCUCGCUGGAAAGGGUUCUGAUUAGUACUGGAUCCUGUUCUGUUCUUUUCUUCUUUUUUUAAACAAGACGCCCCCUGUUGAACUCUGUCGAGGACGGAAUCACAGAAUCAAACUGUUUCUUCUUCCUGUGUUGUGUGGGAACUGACCACGGAAACAUCUCACACUCUGAGUGACCGGCGUGAGGAGGAAGUGUAUAUUUGACUCGAGGUGUCGAGACGCUCGUCCUGCUUUAUGAUUGGGACCAGUUGAGAGAGAGAAAGUGACUCUGGUUUGGAAUUGGGAUUUGUUUUACCCCAGUUGCUCCUGUUUUUACUGUAGGAGGAGAAAAUGCUCCGAUUCUUUUUCAUGUCCGUCUUUGUCCUGCACACGUAUGUUCCCACGUUCAUCAAGAGAGGUGGUGUUCUUCCUUUUUAUAGAGAAGGAGGAUUGAUAAUCCUUCCAGUGGAGAAGAUGGAGGAGGAUUUCUGUUCAGUGUGAAAUGCUAAUUUGGAAAAAAACAGCGGCUAAAAUAUCCAGAAUAAAAUCAUGUAUACUGAAGCCAGCCACUAGGGGGCAAUCAAGAAGAUUUUCCUUCACUUAAGUGGAGCCAUCAUGUCGUCCAUCUUUAUUUAUCUAUGUCUUGAUCACCUGACGUUUCCACAGAAGGACGUACUGUUGAACGGAGAAGGGACGACAUCACGACCGAUGACUCCUUAAACAUACGCGACAUUAACGUGUUGUUUUAAGACGGACCUGAAAAAGUCGGAUUCUCUCCUUUAAAAGAGAAACAAUGGAAAUGGCACUUUGUUAAUCUGUUCCGUUUUUGUAUUCCUGUUUUUGUUGCGUAGGACAGAGGUUGUCAGGUUAGGGACCAGAGCAGAGGAGGCGUGGCCGAGUGUAAAUAAACACACAACCAAUAUUGUCAAACA